AUGGUGAAGGCACGCAAAAUCGUACUCGUCCGACAAUUCCAAGGGCCGCCUCGAGCCGAGGACUUCCGCAUCGAGGAGGAGGACCUGCCGCCCGUCAAGGAAGGACAGAUCUUAGGCGAGGCAGUCUACUUUAGUGUCGACCCCUUCCAGAAGGUUCACACAGCUAUGCACAAAGUGGGAGACACCUUCUACGGCGCUCAGGUGGCGCGGAUCGUGGAGAGCCGUGCUCCUGGCUUUCCAGUGGGGCGGCACGUCGUGGCGUACUGGGGGUGGCGUGACCGCACGGUGGCCGAUGUGGGCUCCGGCAGGCCAGAGCCCCCCCUAUACCUAAAGCCGACCAGGUUGGUGCCACACCUGGGGGACCUGCCUCUGUCGCUGUCCCUGGGAGUCCUAGGUAUGCCAGGCAACAGCGCCUACUUCCCGCUGCUGGACAUCUGCAAACCCAAGCCAGGAGAGGUGGUCGCAGUCACUGGCGCUGCCGGGGCUGUCGGCAGCGUAGUGGGCCAGAUAGCGCGCAUCAAGGGCUGUACUGUCAUCGGAUUCGCCGGAACCGACGCCAAGGUGAAAUGGCUGAAGGAGGACCUGGGCUUCCAUCACGCUUUUAACUACAAGAAGACAGACGUGUCCACCACCCUGAAGCAGGCUGCCCCAGAUGGUGUCGACGUGUACUUCGACAACGUGGGAGGCGACAUAAGCACUGCAGUCAUGAGCAACAUGCGGUAUCGCGGCCGCAUCGUCGUGAUCGGCGCCAUCUCUCAGUACAACGACCUCGAGCACCAGAAGUUGGUCACCCUGCCCUUCACAUUUCUUGCGCAGCAGCUCCGUCUGGAGGGUUGCGCGCAUGCGCGGUAUCACGACCGCUUUGAAGAGGGCGUCAGCCAGCUGACGAAAUGGGUCAGAGAGGGUAAAAUCAAGUACAGGGAGACUGUGACCAAAGGCUUUGAAAACACUCCCACAGCCUUCAUCGGUAUGCUGCGAGGUGAGAACUUCGGGAAAGCUGUUGUCAAACUGUGA